AUGAGCUCAGUGCCUGACCACCUCUACGAGGAUGGUAACACCACGGGAUACCGUCGCAAACAGACGAAGUCAAUCCUUAAAAACAAAGAGAAUAUGACGAUGCCCAAUCCGUCAAUGCCCCUCAGACACUUUGACACCGCUUCAAGACUUGCAAAUCGAAGGGUCUCGUUUGCCAACAAGGUCAAGCUCCACAAAAUUGAUUUUGUUCCCGCCAAUGGCGAGGAUCUUCCAGAAGAGGAUAGCUCUGAAGAGGAAGGCAAUGUUAGCUUGUCGGCGUUGGAAAAAAACACAUCAAGCUUCGUUGAUCUGAUGAGAAAUAUAGCAGAGUCUCACAGCAGUGACGAUGAAGACCUACCUCAGAACGAGAACGCAACAAGGUCCACUGAAGAUCAAACAAUGGAUUUCACAGGACUGAUACGACAGACCCAGGAGCAGGACAUGGAGUUCACAAGUCAGCUCGACGGUAAGUUGAACCUAGCGUAUCCACUUUCAACAGAUCAGCACUAUCAGGGCUUUGAUCACGAGAACCUGAACAUGGAAUUGACAAUGCAGUUUACGAAGAAUAUCUCCUCAUACACUAUGGUGCCAAAUAAUCAAGAGAAUUUUCCCUCGGACAGUCCCAGACCCCAUUUCCUCAAUGGCCACAAGUUGCAAUUCGAUCACAACGGGAACGAGGAGGCCACAAUGGAUUUCACCAAGUUUUUCGAGGACAACUCUCGGAAUGACGGAUUCAAUUUCACUGAAGCUGCCAGGUUCAGCCCCGUCCCGAAUGCUGACUAUGGAGUCUCAAAUUCAGACAGAGAUGGCGAUGAUAUGGAGCUUACACAGCCAUUCAACAAGCCAACAACGUCCAGCUCCGAAGAAAAGUGGCAACGGGACGAACCACUGACAGAGGAAGCGAAUAGGCCACCUCCGAUCUUGACCAGCCCAAGCCUCUCUGCUGACGAACAGGAAGGGCCCAACGGCGAACCCGAGAAUGAAGAAACAAUGGAGCUAACAAGCCAGGUAACUGUGGCAGCUCUGACAUCAUCCAAUGAGGUGACUGAAAGGACUCAGGAGGCUGAGACUGCAAAGCCAGAUCAAUCGGUGGCAGCACAUGAGGAAUCAGUUCAAGACGAUUUGCCUGAGGGACCAUUGGACGUCCCUACCAAACAAGAGGGCCAGGAGAAGGAGAAAGAUUCUUCAAACGAAAAGACAGACAAGAGUCCAUCAGUGUAUGGCACACCUGCGGUAUCUCCAGUAAAACAGGCGGCCCAGCAAGAGACGGAGGCUCAUGAAAUUUCGAAUCCACAUGAGUCACCAGAAAAACUAAACGAUGGAGAUGAACAAGAAGGUGAAGAACAAUCUGGAGAAACCGGAGAAAGUCUUGCGAAGAGCUCCCCCAAAAAGACAGGAGAAGAAGAAGAAGAAAGAGAAGAAGAAAAUCCUUCCGAGGCACCGGAACAGAAUAAUCAAAAUGAGCUUGGAGAGUCUCAGGACCAAGACUUAAACUCUGCUCAAGAUGGACCAGAACAGAGUGCCCAGGUAGCAACCCAAGUGUCACAAGAACAGACGACAGUGGCAGAGCUUGAGCACAAAUCGACCGAAAUACAACGCCCGUCACUGACACCCGAGAGACCAAGAGAGACGUAUGUUGCUGAGAACGGACUCUCACAAGAAAGUCAAAAAGAAAGUGAGGAGACAGAAGACGUUACAAAGUUCAAUAAAAUUGAACUGUCACAACCAAUGGAACUCACCCAGCCAAGAAGUGCUAUCGAGACCGUAUCAGAGGUUGAACCGCAACUGAAGAGAGUAUCUGAGGAUUUUGAGGAGCUGAAACAAAAGCAACAAAGAAAAGAACCUCAUGUAUCCACCUUGGACAUCCCUUUGGCAGAAACUUCGACAUUGUCGAUUGAUGGUGUCGAUGACGACUUUGACGACCCGAACUAUCAGCCAGUGUCGCUUCCUACUUUCCUCAACGAUAUCGGUGUGAAAUUUUAUGACGAUCUUGAGAUUGCAAGUGAUACCGCAAACCGUUAUUCACUUUCGCUACAGGACGAAUCAUCUAACGUAACGGACGAGGACUACUACAAAGGAAACGUUCACCUACCAUUGCUUGAGGUAUUGGAAUUGAGUUGCAAAGAGCUAACGCAAAAAAUUCAGCAAGGCAAAGCCCUCUUCCAAGAAGUCAGCGACCAGUCUCUCAACGACAAUCCGAUGCUCUUCAAGCAGUACUACCUGUCGUCAUAUUACGACCAAAUCUCGAUGAAAUCUCACUUUCAUCUUUUGAAGGAGUUUACGAGAUACCAAGCGAAGCAGGUUUGGUAUCAAUGGCGUACACAACUAAUGCAAAACCUUUUGGAAGUACAACAGGGCAAUCUCGAGCAACUUGAGGCAGACAAAUCGACACUUCAGGAAAGCAUCAAAGAGUUGGAACUGGUUCACGAGGACAUCAAAUUAGACCUUCAGCUGCUUAAGAAUGAUGUUUCUUCUUUCAAAGAGAUAAAGGCGUCAUUUAAGGAUUUAGAUGCCAAUCAGCUAAAAAUCAUUAAGCUGCAACUCAUGGACCUUAAUAAGAAACUCCUCGAGCACCGAGUUCAAAUAGGCGAGAAGGAAGAAAAACUUGCUGGAGUACGUUCGGAAAUUGAAAAAGCAAAUGCCAACAUCCAGAAUCAACGAGAUGAUUUGAGGAAGGCAGAGAGUCAGCUCAGCCGCAGAAGAAAUUUCAGCAGCCAAGAGAUCAACGACCUUGAGCACGAGGUACGAAGGACUGAAAAAGCAGCUGGAAUCAGCUACAAGUCUGGUAUCGGCUCCAAGAAAAUCGAGUUUGAGUGCAACGCCAACAUCGGUGUUGUCGUUACGUACCUGGAGGCUGCUCCAACUGAUAUUCGCUUUUUCGAAAAAUCGAGUGAGACAAGUGAUUUGAUAUUUGCAGACCUUGCACCUCUUGCUAUCCUUGCCUUACCACGUCAAGAGUUAACCGCAGAGGAAAAUCUUAAAGAGUUUCAAAGAGCAUGGGAAAAAUUAAAACAGGUUGAUUCAGAUCUCUACAAACUUUCGCUCAAACAUCCAUCUAAGCUUGAAAUGACCAAGGAUGCGCUCAAAUUUCACAGCACCAUUUUCAAUUUUGAAUCGGGGGCGGAGACAAUUUAUAGCCUCGAGCUCAAGGCGAACGAUAUCAUGUACUACCCAGACCAACUCACAGUGAGUGCGAAGCCUGGCAGAAGACUGAGAACAACCACAAGUGUGUUACCUCCGCUGCAUGGUAUCUCAGACAAACUUAUGAACAAGUUCAAGACCCCAGUUUAUGACUAA